CUGUGAUUGAAGGUUGUAAGAGCCUGAAAGAGAUAAGGAAGCAACUAAAUACCUGACAAGUCGUUCUCGUCGUCCACAGGUGCUCCUAUCGAGCACUACUCCGUAUAUCUUUACCUCCUUACCUACCGGAAUCACACAGAACUCACAGUCUACCACGAGUACGAUGACACCCUUCUCAUCACUCCUCCGAUAUUCAAGGGGCUUCAGGUCCUCGAGAUUAUCCCUUCCUUCCUCUCAAACGAUAAGAAGCAGAGCAAACGCUCGACCGCUAUCCACAACCGCCCCAUAUGGAUUCGCGUCAGGUCAAGAUCCUGAUCGUCAUCCACACCCUCAGCGAGAUGCACAGUUGGACCGGGAAAAGAUGAACCCAGAGGCGAACGAGUACGCCAAGUCGAGCACCGACGACACCACGGCGGCGAACGAAGAGGCGGCUUUCGAUCCCAACAUCACCGACCCGGAAGAGGCUCGAAAGAAGGCCGGAGAAGGGAACCAGGUCAACCCUUUGGACUCUAGCCCCGCCAACCCGGACCUCAGCCAGCCGACGGCGGAAGAGCAGGGUGGGUCCAAGAAGAAGAUGUCCGAGGGAGGAGGUGGACGAGCCGGGGGUGGUGAGGCCGGUAAAGGAGAACAGAGUGUGUGA